ACCAGUCAGUAUGACAGAGAGCGCCGGCAACUUCGACCCUAAUGGUAUCGUACAUCAGAAAGAAACAUGGCGAAGCCUUCAAUGCCGAGCCAGACGCCUCCACCCUCACCUCCUCCCUGAUCACACCCCAAAAAGAGCUCUACAGACGCAAUCACGAUGACAUCAUCUACCAGCCUGCUAGCACCUCUUCGAAGCCAGAAGUGGAGACAGAUUGGAAAUUGAGCUUCCUAGUGGAUCGGGAUGUCGCUGAGCAUCUCGACUGGAAGCAGUGGAAGAGCGAUACUUCCUUUUCUCCUCGAUCGGCUCAAGCGGAGGACCACGAUGCCAUCAUAGCUUCUUCCAAGUCGGUGCGCAUCUCGAUUGCUGAGCUGCACCAGAGUAUGAAGGAGAAGAGGGUGGUGGCUGCGAUGGAGUGUGCGGGCAAUAGGAGGGCGGAUAUGAGUGAGAGGGGGCCGAGGAAGGCGGAAGGGUUGCAGUGGCAGUCGGCUACUAUUGGAAAUGCUCUGUGGGCGGGAGCCUCGGUACGCGACUUCCUCCUCCAGCAGGGUAUUCCAGAUGCUUACGAACACAUUCGGGACAAAGAGAAUCUGCCUCCGACGGUACGAUCUCUUGAAAAUGACUCAGCCCCCUGGUCCCGCAAUACCUACCUUCACUUCCUCUCCUCGCAACCUUGUUCCGAAUCUCAGUCGCCGACAGGCCACGUCUACGGUUCGAGUGUACCACUCUGUACAGCUCUUCACCCCAACCAAGACUUGCUCCUAGCUUGGGGUGUUGAUGGACAGCGCCUGGACUCAACUCAUGGUUACCCACUUCGGGCGGCUCUGCCAGGUCACGUUGCCGCUCGGUGGACAAAGUGGCUGAGCAUGCUUAGAAUCUCCUUCUAUGAGGACGAUAGUCCGCCCAUGACGCUUGACUAUAAGCUGCUCGAGCCGCCUAAGGGCGCUAGCGAGGAGGAGAGGAGACAGUGGAUCGACAGUAUGAUGGGAGAGGGAAAGGAUGAGAAAAAGAGGGAGGCAGAGGUCGCUAAGGCCAAGCCACUCAUGAGGCUGGGGGUUGGUUCGGGCGUGAGUGAGCCACAGGAAGAUGACAAGAUCGAAGUCAACGACAAGGGAGAAAUGGCAGCAGAGGGCUAUGCAGUAGGAACAGAAGGUUCCCCAGUAUCACUCGUUGAGCUCCUCCUCGUGCGCGACCCCGGAUCUUCCAAUCUGGAUGCGAUGGAAGAUCUCCGUCGCGCCGCCAAUGAGCAGCCAGCCUCAGCCUGGACACGCUUGGAGCUGGACGAGUCCAACAGUCGAAAGGUGCUUCCGAAGCACAAGGGCUCAUCAGAAGACGAUAUUGCGAUUGCGGACGCCAAAGAGGCAAAGUUCUCGUGGAGCUGGACGCUGUGGAGGGCUCAGGUCCCUGUGCCUGCUGAAGCGAGGGGGAGUGGAGAGAAGUACGCCCUUGUCAUGCGAGGCACUACCUCAGCGGGCGUCCGACAGGAAUUGCAGUCUCCCUGGAACAUCAGAGGCUUCAGGGAGAGGAGUUGGCCAGUGGUCACCGGGCUGACCUUUCAAUGAUCAGUGGUGAAAGGGGAACAAGACCUUCUCCCUGCUCAAGCUGAGUUCCAUGCUCCGGCAUCUUUGUAUCAUAGUCGCAAUCUGGAUCUGUUUUGCCAACAAAGUGACCAGCAGAAUCAUCGAGUCGAGUCGCAUACAUGCUGUCGCAACGUAGCGCAUCGAAAGCACUUCUUCGACAGGCCUACUGAGGAGACUCCGUCACACGCGCAACCUCUGGCUUUCGGUGCAGGCGUCUCGCCUCCGCUCUUGGUCUCCACUUUUUACCACCCGUCUUCACUUUCACCACUCGGCGCUACAAUCUUAUACGUAAAAACGUGUUGCCCUCUGUGGCUCUCCGAGCAUGCCACGGU